AUAUCCUUAUCCUUAGCGCGAGUUCGGUCGGUCUCAUGGCGGCGCAGGGGUUGUUUGUUGUAUGCGAGUUGUCAAAUACUUCGGAGACGUAUGAUCAAUGAUGAUUGGAAAGUGCACGAAUUAUAACUGCUGUUUUAAGGCAGAAGUUUUGUACAUUGCUGGAGUAUCUUGCAGAUUUGAAUUCAUCAUAUUCUUGCUCUGAGGAUUUGUUUAGAACGUUUGACAGAUUGAAUCAUGUGAAAAUAGUGCCUUUUUGGUGCAUUUGAGUGCUAGAAGCUCUCCCAAUACUAAUCAAGCUCUUUCUGCAUGUCAAUUGCAGCAGAAUAGUUGUCGCACUAAUUUGUUAGACUUUUUAAAUAAUGGAUAAAUUCUUUAGCAGCCUGAGCAAUAAAUUCAUAAAUAAACAGAAUAGCUCAAGAAGUCCAGUCGCUUCUCCUAGUGAUGAUGGCUCAUCCAAAUUUUUGGCAGAAGGAUCAGGACCUCUAGUUCAUCCUGCAAUUUUGGAAUAUCGUAGACCUGUUAUGAGAAAGCCUGAUCCUGUUGUUGCUGAGCAGAUACUGAACAGUAUAAACCCUAUUUAUUUCAGUAGUGAAGGUUUUGAUGCUUCUGAACACGAGUUGAAGAAACUUCCUGAAGUGUUGGACACUGCAGCUAUUAUGAAAGAUUUAGAGUUGUUGAAGCAACAACAUUCUGUUGUAUCUCGGAAAGUUCUACAGUUAAUACAGCAAAAGGAAGAAGCCUGCCAAGAAGAAUUUGAAAGGUUCGCUGACAUACACAAUGAAUUAAACAUGGCAUUGCGCAUUUGUCGGGAGGGACGAACCAGCUUAAAUUUGGCAAAACGCCAAUUCACUACAGCAAGUCUUGGUAUACUUGCUAAUUAUCAAAAACGUCAAGUUGUUCAGGGCCUUCUUCAUAAUUUAAACAAUAUUAAGACUCUGCAAAGAAUGGAAGAACAGCUUCAAGAUUUGCUUGGAGAAGGGAAUUAUCAUGGUGCAAUAUCACUACUUCAGGAGUGUCAACAAGCUGCUUCUACCUACAGACAUUUUACCUGUGUUGUUGCUCUAAGUGGCAAACUUCAAGACACAUUGGUAAUGGCAGAACAGCAGUUAGAUGAAGCGCUUGCAAAGGUGUGCAAUGGUUUUGACAGUGAACAUUAUGGCAAAAUUCAAGAAGCAUAUAGAUUACUUGGCAAAACCCAACCUGCUAUGGAUCAUCUUCUAAUGCAUUUCACAUCUGCAAUACAUACAGCAGCCUUCAAUGUUGUUUAUGGACAUGUUGAACUAAGUGGAGUUCUUGCUGGUGACGGACACAAAAAACAAUACCAGCAGUUGUGCAAAUUUAUUACAUCUGACAGUUUGAUACCCUGUCUGUUAGAUUUGUGCAAAGCCUUAUGGGUCAUUAUGCGAAGCUACAUGCAUGUCAGUGCAUGGCAUGAUGCUGAUAAUGCGGAAUCAGAGAAGAUAUCUACAAGUGGAGGUUUACUUGUGGCAGUGGAUCUUGAGGCAAGCUGCAAUAAAGAAUACGUGAAGACAAAACUAAAAAGUGGUUUGGAAAGAAUUUGGCAAGAUGUUCAAAUGCGAGUGUGCACUUACUUGCGUGAAUCUCGAGCUGCUUGGUGCAAGUUUGACGAGUUCAUGCAAGUUCUCAGAGUUGUUCACAGGCUCAUGGAAAUUGGAGAAGAAUUUUGUGGUAGUAAAUCUGGAGAAUUGCAGAAAUUAAUGAAAGAACAAAGUGGUCAGUAUUUCAGAAAUUAUCAUAGAGAGCGUUUGGAGGAACUCAGAAUUUUUCUUGAAAAUGAAGGAUGGGAAAUAUGUCCAGUUAAACAAAAUUUUACUGUUUUACAGUUACAGGAAUUUAGAUCGUUUCGGGGAGUGCUGAAAGGUGUGAGUCUGGGAAGCCCAGAGUGUAGCAGUAGCAAUCAGUCUCAGGAUGGUAGUUCUACUUUAGGUGGUUAUUUUACUCGUUAUGCCGACUCUGGUUCUCCUUUUGACAUGAGCUUGGAUGAAACUCAGGAGGAAGAUAUAUUAGCCAACAUAGGGGAUGAACCAUCUGGCUACUUCAGUGAUGAAAGUGAUGAGGACAUUGAUGAAGAGCUUAAAAAAGACUUUGUAGAUGAAAAUGCUGGAGAAAGUUGUGGUAACAAACAUCAAACAAGAUCCAGUACUAAAAAGCAUGUCAAACAGGACUUGAAGGCUCUCAUACUUACCAAUACAAGUCUAACAGUGUUAAGACAGUGUGGCAAAUACAUGCAGCUUAGUAGAUUAUUACGACCUGUGGCGGGAGAUGUUUUGUUGUGUAUGAGUCAGCUUCUUGAAUAUUACUUGUAUGCCGUGCAUGCAUUCUUUACUAUUGAUCUGCCAGAUGCUUGUCAAUGGAAAUACAGUACCAAACUGAAAGAAUCUCUAGACAGAAUUAGACAUAGUUUAAUACAGACUCCAGUAUUAGAUGGAGAUCCAGAACCUGUCAACAAAGACAGGAGUAAGAUUGCAGAGCCUUGUAUCUCUCCAGUAGUAGAUUUGGGUCAGUCUGAAGUUCUUCACGGUUUGGAAUCUCGUGUGGUUGCUGUGGAAUCUGUGGUAUUUCUCGCUAAACAAUUUGAGUUAUUGCACAGUUAUUUGGAAAAAAUUGUUGCUGGCACUGGAUCACCAUUUUUGCAACAACUAUAUGCACAGUUGGUGGACGUGGCAGCAGAUUUAAGGCAACCAGUGUAUGCAUGUGUUUCAUCACGUGCCGUAGGGUUUUCGAAUGCCAAAAAGUGUUCUGUUGGAGGAAGAGGCCUUAUGCAAUUGGACUUUACCCACUUCUUGUCUAAAUUGGAGAAGCUUACAUCUGUACGACCGAUUCCCAAAAGUGAAUUUGUUGACCAUUAUGCCAAAGUUGAACACUAUGUAAAAGCAUAUUAUAUGCCAGAGAAGACUCUAGAAGCCUGGAUUCAGGAGCAUUGUGAUGAAUACACGUCUGAGCAGCUGAAAGCACUAGUCAGAUGUGCAUGCCAAAACGACAGCAAAACUCGCCAGAGAUUAGAAGCUUUAGUGAAAGCAAAAAGAUAAUGAAUAAUGCAAUAAAUUUCGUCCAUUAAUGCAAUGUUUAAGUUGUACCAAGUUUCAGCAAAUAUGAAUACUAUAAAUGUGAUAUUCUAAACAAAAAUUGAUGUAGAAAAAUGCUAGUUGACAUUAUGUUGCAAUUGCUGUAAAUUGUUUUUGAAGUGUGAAUCUAUUUUACAGUUUCUAUGCCAAUACAUAUUAUUAUAUAUUAUAUUGUUUGUAUACAGUAUUAGAUCUGAAAGCAGAUGUUAAAGAAAAUUUCUGAUGUACGAAAUAUGGAUCUGAUUAAAAUACUCUAUUUAUGUAUUGUCUGUAUGUUUACAUAUCUAUACUCAAUAUUGUCAGCAAUAGUUCUGUUGUGAUACAAGAGUCCAUUUCAAUAUAUUCUGUCAAUACGGUUAUUAACAUUAAUUAAAUUUCUUAAGUAAAAUUUUCCAAAUCCACUUUACAAUAUUGUUUUGAUCCUGUGCUCUUAAGAAAGUUUGUAUGAUCAAUUGUGUGAAAAAAAAAUGUCAUUGUAUGUUGUGUAUGCUUGAAAAUUAAAAUUCUUUAAUUGUACUCGUAAAAAAAAAAUGUAUAGGGCACAAUGACAAAUAUAAUAAUUUCCAUCUUUAAUGAGUAGCAAAGGAAAACAGCAUGUGAUGAUAUAAAAUGAGAUUGAAGAUGUUGUCGGAUCACAUUUAUCUCCAAGACCUGUCUUGGCAACAGAAAUUAAGGUAUAGCCCAAAGCUGGAGAGGUGUGAACCAUAUCACCCACCACAAUGCCCAAUCUCCAACAAGCAAAUGUUGCUCUUAUUUUCUAGAAGAGAAAUGGGAGGAUAUGCAAGUAAUUUGUGAUGAAUGCCAUACUCUUUUCUGAGCUUAGGCAAAGCAGGUCUUUGUUUUCUUCUUUCCUGUGCAUGUGAUCAUAAUGAUUUUGUUUUGUUUUCGCUUCCGCUAUAGAAGGGAUAAUGGGUGAAUGGUUAUGAAUGUGGUAUUAAAAGGAUAUUAAUGAAAGGUACAAUAAAUCACUUGUGCUGCAAAAACAUGGUAUGUUAAAAAUCAGUAUAUUACCAAGGAAACUAUAAAAUCUGGGAAACAAACGCCUGUCGAGUAUCUCUAUCAACCACUAUGCCUGUACUGUAUACUUUUUACUGUAUACAGAUAAUGCUCAAUUACCAGCCUCAGGAACGUGCAGAUCCUGGCAG